AUGCCAACCAAACUUCGACCCAUUUCGUCGCUCAGAAAAAAAAAUCCAAAGAUGCAACAACAUAUUCCCUUCUCGGAAGAAGACUCUAACUAUGAGAACAACUCUCUUCCUUCCCUCUCGGGCUAUCUCCAACAAAAAUCAGGAUUCUUUGGACGUUGGAAAAAAUUCUGGUUUGUGCUCUCGAAUGGCAUUCUUUAUAAAUUCAAAUCGAGCAAAGACACACAACCCAUUGAAGAAUAUGACAUUUCUGGAUCCACAACGACAAGUUCUCAUUCUCCUUCCACAUGCUCAUCACAACAAGUACCACAACGAAUUUUACACAAUGGAAAACAUGUGUGUGGAAAAGAAAAUUCCAUCGCUCUCUUCUUUCAAGAAGGUUCCGAAACUUUAAUUUUACUUGCCAACGAUGUUCAAGAUCAUUUACAAUGGAUGGAUGCACUCAAUCGAUCACUUCCUAAACAUUUGAGAUUGACAUUGAGUACAGCAGCGAUUGGAGAUGCUGCAUCGAAUUCUUCGGGAUCCAAUUCGUCACUCAAUGGCAGUGGACAUGGACCUUUAUUUUCGGGAGGUGGAUCCUUCACGUUACCACCACCACCAUCGUCAAAUCAUUCAUCUUUUGGCCAACCAUCAAGAAUGGAAUCCAUGUUACAAGUACUGGAAGCAGUUUUAGAUCCAACAGUUAUUUCGGAUAGUGACGGUAAAAUUGUUGGAUUUAAUAAGGCAGCUGAGGAAUUAUUUGGAUGGCGAAAGGAUGAAGUAUUGUCGAAAAAUGUGUCAAUUUUGAUGCCAACCAUGUAUGCACAACAUCAUGAUGGAUACAUUACAAGAUUUAAGAAAUGGCAAGAUAAGAGAUUAAUUGGAAAACCAAGACGAUUACUUGCCAAGCACAAACAAGGUCACAACACUCCAAUUGAGAUUUCACUCGGAGAAAUUCCUCACGAAGAGGUACCCAAUGACAAUAUGGCCUUUGUUGCAGUGUUUCGACCAUCCAUUGAGGACCAUACUCAUCUCAACAACAACAACAACAACAUUAACAACAAUUCUCCAUUCGACUCCAUGUCUGAUUUUCCAAAUUAUCCCUAUAGUUCAAGCGCCAAUUCCUCUUUGGAAUCGAGUCCUUUAUCCACCGACUCCAAAGAUGAUCCCUUCUGCUCUGGUGCAUCCUCUUCGUUUGGAAACAAGAAGGCAGAUAGUGCCACCACUACCACCACAUCGAGUGUCUCAUCGUCUGCCUUCUCAUUGGAUCAAGACAUUGAAAGAGCUCUACAUUGCAACCGAGAGAAACUCGAUCAACGACUUUCUGCAUUUGUGACAAGCAUGAAAAGCUCAAUCGAUUCAGAAUAUUCAAUAUUGGAAAAGAAAUUCCUCCUUCUUCAACAUCAAGUGAAUAUUGUGGAACAAGAGAACGAGAGAUUAUUUCAACAAACUGAAAAGCAACACGAACAUAUCAAAUUAUUGGAAGAAGAAUUGGGAGUUUUACAGAAAACAUCGGAUAAAUUUAGUCUCGUUCAAUUAUUGAAGAAUGAAUCGACCUUUAAGGUUUUCCUAGAGUAUUGUCACAAAAACAACACAUCGGAUUUAGUCAUGUUUUACAAGGAGGCAGACGAUUUUCGAAACAAAUAUUCACAAAUUGAGGGAGUCGUUGGUAGUAUGGAGGAUGAAGCUAAAAGAAUUUACGAAAAUUAUCUGAGUGACCACUCUGUUAAAAAUAUUAACCUACCCUUCGAUUCGAAGAGUAAUGUGAAAUAUCAUCUCUCCACUCCAACUUGUGACAUGUUCGAUUUAGCCAUUAAUGAUACCUUGGCAAUCUUGAAAGAAGUGUCUUUUGACAAGUUUUGUGAAAGUGGAUCUGGAAAGGCAACUCUUCAACUAUUGCUUCUGUAA